AUGACGGAUCUAUUAGCACCAUCCAAGACCAAUUAUCAAAAUUUCAAUGACGUUGGACGUGAUACUAGCCAUACCAAAGGCGAUAAUAAUAGCACUCCUAAAAUGAAAGACAACCCAGCCAAGCCUCGUCAACGUCAUGGAGAUGCAGCUAAAACCAAAGUCAAGAAAGAGGAUAAACUUCCUCUUCAAGAAUUAAUAGCUAAUCUUGAGGAAAAUGAGCUAGCAAGUACGAUAGAACAAGUUCGACAAACUUUUCCAAGCAAUUCCCUUAUAUGGCUUAACGAAUUGGUUGGCUAUGUACAGAUGCACCUUUCACGUGCUGAAAACUCCUACGACGCUAUUUUCACAGGCAAAAGCAAAGAUUUUCCAAUGAAUUUAUUAUCCAAUAAAUUCAAGCAAUUAGCAAUCCAAUUAUUGGAAAAAUGCCCAGAAGCUGUUAUAAGUAUAUUUUUCGAAGAUUGCAUUGACAAUAUGUUGAAAAACAUAAGGAAUAAUAUUCAAACUUACGGCUAUCGCAUUAUGAUUCAAAUCAUGACUCGCUAUAAUCCAGCUAUUGUACUCAACAAGAUAAGUACUUACAAACCAAGCGUGUUGGAAAUUGUUCCUUAUGAGGCUCUGUCUAUUUUAUGGGCAUUCAAUCAAGCGUCUAUUGGUGAUGUUGCCGUUGGAUACCAAGUAUGGUUUGAGCUCAUGUUCCCUGCUAUGAAUGUGCGAAGUCUUGCUCCAUAUGCAAUAACAGUUAUAGAAGAUCUUUUCAAGAGCAAGAAAAGUAAAAAUAUUAAUAAAAUUCCUAAUGUUGGUCCAAAGGAAUUUGUUACGCUUUUGCAUAUGCUAUUUAGCGAUAAUUCUUCACUCCAUGCAUCGAGCCGUAAGAAGCUCAUCAGUUUGUAUCCAAAGUUAAAGGGUGAUUACUCAUUACUAAUUACGGAUACUAUCAACCACUUCAUUUCUAUCAAUACUGCAAUAAUUUCUAAAAAACGGAAUAAGGCUGAAGAUGUUGCGGAAUUUCAAUCUGAAGUGAAGGCAUUCGUCGAUAAUGCAGCUUAUGAGAAGAAACCGAACGCUUCGAUGACUGGAUCAUAUUUAUUAUAUUUACUAAUUCUUUUGUUCUUGUUUGGUUUGGGUACUCUACACGCUAUUAUUUCUUAUCCUCAAUACUUCAACCUUGAUGAAUCUCAGGUUGAGAGUUUAAGAACACAUACGAGGUUCUUAUCAACCCGACUAUUGAACUAUAUGAGGAUUCUUUCUGAUUUGGCUUCUGUAGCCGUUGAAAAGUUAUGGUUAUUAACGAAAGCCGGUUUUAAGUACACGACCGAUGUUUUAUCUCCGUAUCAAUUAUUAAUAAAAGAUUAUAUUCCAACGGUCUUAGAUGCGAUAAAGAAAUGUCUCGAUCACUUGCUAGUCGUUUUUACAAACAUUUUGGCGAAGUCGAUACCUAGUAGCGAUUUGGAUUUGACGAAUUUAAGAUCGUAUCAACCUGUGGUUGAUACAUAG